AUGAGAGACAGGUAAUAUAGGUCAUAUUGUUGAUUUUGAAAGUACCUGUGUGAAGUAAGAAAUACUAAAUAUUCAUGGUGUUUGUCGAAUGAUGUUCUCGACAAACAUGAAUUUAGCGCAUGUGUUUGUCCUAUUUACCGUUAUUUUGACAGUAAAGGGAGAUGAUCCUAUAAUAAUUAUCAGUGAAACAGAUCCACCUAUAAAUGUAGCAUAUCAACAAAUCGUAUCGGAGAAGGACAGAGAUGUACAGUUAACAUGUGUUGUUCAAAACAAACCUGAAGGCAGUGACGUAAAAUGGGUUGGGUUUUUGAGCAACAAUUCAACAGUUCCUAUUUCGGAAGCUACAGAUUCCACAGAUGCCUUUAAAUACAGUAUAGAUCAGCCUUCACCGACAGCCUGGCGUCUUCGUAUACAGAACGUACAAGUGACAGAUGAGGGCAAAUAUGAAUGUAAAGUUCAGACAGGAAAUCAGAUUUAUGUCCGACAGUCUGAACAUCUUCGUGUUGUAGAAACACCACAAAUAGCUGAUCUCCAGACAAGUAGUGAUACUAUUGUAAAAGAUGGAGACAAAGUCGACCUUUGGUGUAAUGCCACUGGUCGACCUUUUCCUUUAAUAAAAUGGUCACGAUUGGCAGGAGAAUUAUUACCUAAAGGUGGACAGGAAUUGGGAGCCUACCAUUUAAAUAUUCUGACAGCUAAGGCUGAAGAUAGUGGAAUAUAUAAAUGUACUGCAGCUAAUGAAGCAGGAAAAGAUGAAAGAAAGAUAUAUCUUACUGUUAAAUAUCAUCCUACGGUAAGAGCUGAGGUGAGAAAAAUCUAUCAGGCUCGAGGUUAUGUAAAAAAUCUGGUAUGUAAUAUUGCCGCUUAUCCUGUUCCAAAUCUAAACUCAAUAUCAUGGACUAGAGGGUCGAUGCCAAUACAAUCCGGUGGACAUCGAAGUAUAAGACAUAUUCCGGGAGCUUUAAGUAAAGUAACAAGUAUUUUAACUAUCAAUGGUGUAAGAGAAGAAGAUUAUGGAGAGUAUACGUGUUCAGCUCAGAACUCCCAAGGCGAAGGAGCUGAUACAAUGACUCUUGUGGAAUCUUCCCAGCCAACACCUGAUAGAACUGGCAAAUACCAACGUAGUGGCGCUACUAUACUAACUAUCAGUGUAACAACAGUACUUAUGUUAAUAUCUGUCUGUUUAUUACAAACUUAGAACUUUAAUUUGGAAAGAGAGUUUUAAAAUAAGAUUUGAAAUCAUAAAAUUGAAAAUUAUCUCUUCAGAAAUUUUUUUCUUUGAACAGGAGCACAAUUCUAUGGAAUAUAUGCUUUAAGCUCAGUAAUAAACAGUAACUUUAUUCAAUAGAAUUGGGUUGUGUAGUAAGAGUUUUAGUUUCCUCUUUAUACAAACUAAGAAAUAUUUAGUCUUCCUUAAUUCUAAGUUAAUUAAGAUUUAAUUAAUAACUUCAAUAGUUAUCUCAUGAAACAAACUCUAAUAUUUAAAUAUUUAAUUGUAGUAUUGUGAAUAUUAAUAUGUUAAAUAACAGCUAGUGAAAUGUUAGGAAUCAGGUUCUUUACAUUGAACCAGAAAGAUGUCUAAAUAGUGUAAAUGAAAUACAAAAUGUGAAAUCUGAUGCAGUUAUAUCCUUGCUUGUGCUGUUUUUAAUGAAAUUUCUUGCCAGGUUUCACUGAACGACUAACAAAAGGCAGCUGCCUUGCCCAGCUAUUUUGAAUGUUUUAGUUUAAAGACUACAUUAUUGAUUGCACUUGUAGAUAUUUUAUAAGUAUCUCUGAUAUAUUUAUUGAUACUUGAAGUUGAUUUUAAUUUGUACAAUUUGAACUACAGUAAGACCGUCACAUAUUGUAUUUUUAUAUGAAUUUCACCUAUUUCCAAAAUGUUUUUUGUCACUCCAGCCUUUGAUAUUAUUUUCAUAGAGCACACAUCAACCUUGACAGAAUACAAUUUAUUUAAGAUCUAGGAAAUAGAAUUAACCAUUCCUUUAACAUAUUCGAUGUGUGGACAUUCCUUAAAAUUUCUUUCCGGUUAUUUUUAACAUAUUUUUACACAUUUGUAACAUAUAUUGUACAUAAUCUAUUUUUUAUAUAAUCAUCCAGUUUAAACAUAGUUUUAUCUAUCAACUGUUUGUUUUGUAUAAUCAUUCAGUUUAAACAUAGUUUUAUGUAUCUACUGUUUUCUGUAUAAUAAUCCAGUUUUGAACAUAAAAUUAUGUAUCUACUGUUUUUUUGUUAAAAGGGAAGUCACAGUUUUAACUACAUGCAGGUCUGAAAAUAGUAAUUUGUUUUAAUUAAGUACAUCUUAACCACAAAAUGUGAAGAAGCCUAUUUAUCCCGUCUGAAAGUUUCAGCUCAGAAUAAUGAGUGCUUGCUCCAUUUUUCCAUUGUGUAGUGAGAUAAAUAUGUAAUUAAAAUCCAACAGUAACCUUCAAAUCAUAGUGUAAAACUGUCACUGUGCAUGCAUCUAAGUUAUAGACAGGACUUCAGACAGAAGGUGAUUGCCAGAUAAGAACCUGUUCCCCGACUCCAUUGGACGAUUGGAUGUUGGCAUUUCUUUGCAAAGAUAUCACUUGGGGAAAGGUAAAAGCUUUCAUCACAGGUUCCACAGAAUUAACCAGUUCCCAUGAAUGACUUCCCAUGAAUGCAUUCCAUUUAUUAAUUUAAUCUUAUAUCAAACAUUUUCAUUUCUAAAUCUUUCUAUAAUUGAAACUUUUUUAAAUUAAAAAUUAUAUCAUAUAUGUAAAUAAUCAUUGAUACAUUGAUAUGUACACAUGCUACAAAUUUUAUUUUAAAAAAGUUCUGGGAAAUAAUGGCUGAUUAAUAAUGUUUUUUUCAUCUUUGAUCCCCCCCC